AGUGGACACAGAUGAAGAUGCCGGAAUCGAAGAACUUACUUCAAAGCUGUAACGUACAGACAGAUUUCAGUAUGAGUACGAAAAGAACUUUGUUCGAACAGUUUUCAUCAUCUAUCCUAUGAUUGAUGAUUGAGAGAGGAGAGAGAAAGAGAGAUCUUGGGCUUAUUGGGCUUAUUCGAAAUGGGCCUUGCCAUGGUCUAUACGGCCCAAAUGAUGCUCUUGAAUGGUUGCUCCGAAUGAAAUUCAACAACCAAUUCGGGAACAACAGGGAGAGAGAAAGAGGUCCCAGAACGAACAGGGAUCGAAGCAGAAUGGUGAAUCCGAAAUUAUCAAUCUUUCUUCUCAAUCUCUGGUGUUUUCUCAGUCUUUACAUCGCCAUCGAAUCACCCCAAUACGCUGUUGUUCAUUCAGAAUCAGACUUCGAAAUCAGAUUUUACAGAAAGUCCACUUGGAUCUCUGCUCCCGUCCAAAACCCAUCCUUCGAGAAAGCUACAAAAAAUGGUUUCCACAGACUGUUCCAGUAUAUACAAGGUGCCAAUCUGAAUUGGUCAAGGAUUGCCAUGACUGCUCCUGUCUUGACCAGCAUUGUCCCUGGGGCUGGCCCUCUUCACUCUUCCUCUUAUCUUGUUCAAUUCUAUCUGCCACUUAAGUUCCAAGCUUCACCCCCUCUUCCUCUUCCUGAACUGAAAUUGAAGCCCUGUGAUUGGGAAGCUCAUUGUGUUGCAGUUAGGAAGUUCUCUGGAUUUGCAAGGGACGAGAAGGUGAUAAAGGAAGCAGAGAAACUUGCCACCAGCUUGAGUAGGUUCCCUUUGGCGAAUUCCACCUCUGAGAGGGGUUAUGCAUAUGCCAUUGCCCAGUACGACUCUCCCUUCCGGUUGAUUGGACGAGUAAAUGAAGUCUGGGUCGAUGUUGAUGCAGCUGAUUUGGAGGGAUGUAAAUCUAGUGCCAUUGCUGCAUUUUAAUCUUGAAGUAGGGAGGAGGAACUUAUGUUUCAAUCUGUCCAUAUGAAGUUUGCUGGAUAUGUAUUUCAAUUUCGGUUAACAUGUCUGCUUCGUCUAUCUGCCUAUGUAAAUCGUUCACUUCCUAGUGAACGUUAUGUACUUUAGAGACAACUCCAUGUCUAACACAUUAUCCUAGUGAACAAGUAUACUAAUAUAAAUAGAAACUUUGCAGUAAAA